AUGAAGGGAGAUCGUCGUCAACAUGGUGCAAUCAGGUGUUACGAUAUUAAUCAGCCUCUUUUGGCUCAAGAACGCUACAAAAAGAUGGUGGAUUCCACCACCGCCGCACGGCUGUUCACCAAGGUGCUCAACAAGCCGACGAAUCAAUCAAAGUGUACCGGGAAAUGUCACAAGGGGCGGUGCUCCGGUCAUCAUCAUAAACACGCGGUUUGUAAGUCCAGAGAUAAGGCUAAAGGGGCCAUGAAGAUCAGAUCGAUAGAUCCUGAGAACGAGUGGACCAAAUAUCCUGUUGGGAACUCGGCGACUAGGGUUUUGGCUUAUUUGGCUAAUGAAGAGGGUUACAAUGAUGAUGAUUAUGAUUACGAGGGUAGAGUAGAAGAAACUUAUGCUUAUAAUUACGCGUAUGAUGACGACAAUCAUCAUGAUCAUGAUGUUGGUACUCAUGCAAUAGACCUUGGUGCUGGAUUCGCAAUUGGGAUUGGGAUUGUGGCAGAUGAGCAUGAGAAUGAUGUCCAUAUUGAUGAUGAUGAUGAUGAGUUUGAUGAUGAUGAUGCCAUGAGCUUUUGUGAUGUGGGGUUAUGCUGGGGACAUGAAGAUGAGGAUGAGUCUGGAGACGAUGAUUGGUAUUUGGUAGGUGGACAAAUGGAGUAA